AUGAAGUGCUUACACGUUUUUGUUUUAAUUGUGAGCCUAGUGGCUGGAGUUGCCGCUGAGGCCUCCGUGCGGACAUGUGAACCUAUUAAAGUGGCGAUGUGUAAGAACAUUGGAUACAACCAGACUGGAAUGCCCAACUUGGCGCGACAUACUCUGCAGACGGACGCCGACGUGACUCUACAGACAUUCAGCCCCCUCGUUCAGUAUGGCUGCUCCUCUCAGCUGCAUUUAUUCCUGUGUUCAGUUUACGUGCCCAUGUGUACCGACAAAGUAGCGCUGCCCAUCGGGCCAUGCAGAGGGUUAUGCGAGAGUGUAUACGCCAAAUGUUACCCUGUUCUAUACAAAUUCGGUUUCCUCUGGCCACCAGAACUGGACUGCUCUUUAUUUCCAGCCGAGAAUAACCACGAACAUAUGUGUAUGGAGGGACCUGGAGAACGAGCACCUCCAGUGGGCACUGUGCCCCUAAAUGUGGCGAAUACGGGUGGAAGAGGUGCUUGCCAGAGACUGGUCAAGCCAGGUAGUUGGGUGUGGGUGAGAGGAUCAGCCCGCUGUGCUCAGUUCUGUGAUGCAGAAGUGUUAUGGGAGGCUGGACAAAGAAAAGCUGCAGAAGUGUGGUUGACGACAUGGGCGGCUCUUAGUUUUGCGUGCACUUUGGCAGCUGUAGGAGCACAGUUGGCAUGUGGUGAUAGAGGAGGAGCUGGAGAAAGAGCUCUGGUGCUUGUAGCCUUAUGUCGGUGUGCUGCCGCUGCAGGUUGGGGUGUUCGUGCUGCCGCCGGUCGAGCUGCGGCUGGUUGUGCCAAGGAUUCCACUUCACCUACACGCAUGCUGUUGGCUCACGAUGGAUUAGCCAACCCAAAUUGUGCUGUUGUCUUCCUGUUGCUGUAUUACUUCGGACUAGCUGCAUCAGUGUGGUAA